AUGGACAGUGAGGAAGACAGUGAGGACAGCUCGGAAGACAGUGAUGACUCUACGGAUUCCUCUGAGACGGAAUCAUCCGAUUCCGAGUCCUCCGAUACGGAUUUGUGCGAGACGGAACCAUUCAAAAAGGAAUCGUUCACAAUGGUGCAAACGAUCCAUGAAGACAAAGUGAUCAAUUUUGAUAUGGACAACGGUAGCCUGCUCAAAGGCCUCGGCCAUAACUCGGUGGGCGUCCGCCUUGCUCGCAUUUAUGAGGUUUUGGAAGAAUUCAUUGAGUUUCAAAAAAAAAAAACGAAACGUUUCAGGAAAGAGAAAAGGAGAAAAAGGAAAAGGCCGAGUGUAAAGGUAAUCAAAGAGGAAGGAACGAUUUUUCCAUUGGUAGGAAGCGUAAACAAUUUUCAGAUAAGAUUAAAUGUUCAUUUUUAGGAGCUAUUCUUCAAAUUGAUGAGGAAGAUUCGAACGAGAAAAAUGCGAAACCGCAAAACGACCGUUUGGAUGAAAAUGACAAUACUACCAACGGAGACAAUGAUGAGAGAGGUGCCUCUAAAAAAAAAUGUUAG